AUGGCUGUUAGAUUUGGUAGCUUUGUAUUUUGCGAGCGCAAAAGCACUAAUACCCUUGCCAGAGAGUGUAAUAUACCUGGAAUUUGCACCGAGCAAGUUCUUGAAGGUUAUCAAAUUUACAUAGUAGAACAAUGGGUUUCAGAUAGAAAAAAACCAUAUAAUACCGUGACUAUAUUUACUGGAAAUGCUGAGCACAAGGUUAAAGUUUGUGUUAUCAACCUUGACAAAGAUAAAUUACAGCCAUAUCCUAAAAAGAUCCAACAACUAUUCGAUAGUUUAGAACAGGACAAUACCAGACCUAAAGACACUACAUUUGGUACAAUUAUGGUCACAAAUCUCAGCACAUUGCCCUCAUCACUUAAUACGGUGCUUGUACCUGAUGGAGAUUAUGAAUUGAAUAUAGGAAAUUUUUAUAUAAAUCUUAAUCUGAGAAAAAUGGGCUGUAGUCAUAGGAGGGCUCUCAGUUUAGCAGAGCCAUCAGAAGCACAACAAGAAAAAUUUAUUCAGAUUUAUAAAAUUUCAACCCACAUUGAUUUCACUUACGCAGUUUUGGAAUUGAUCAAAUUAGUACAAACGGCUUUAUACCUUUUUGGCCUUUUUCCACCUUACUAUAUCGAUGGACUUUUAUGUGAUACUACUUUAGAUGCCCUGCAAACUUUUCACAAUAAAUUCGCAUCCUCUGAGGUUGAGUUACGGAAAAAUUCGAUAGAUAAUAAUCUUCUUGAUCGAAGUUUGGUCGCGGUACUUUUGAGUAAGGUGAUGAGCAUACGUAAUAAAUUAGGUUCUUUAGGCUAUCAGGUCGGAAAAGACCCUUUUACAGAUCCAGAAGGUUUUCGAAGUGCCGUGGCUUCCUUUCAGAAAAAUGCAAAAAUAAAUGCAACUCGAUUUAUAGACCAGUAUACAAUUGAGAAAAUUAAAGUAUAUAAGAAAUCAAAAAUAGAAGAUCUUUCAAAUAAAGUUCUUAAAGCAAAAACUGAGGAUAUUACAUACGGUUCUGUGGAAAAGAAUUUGGAAGAAGUAUUCUGCGCAAUGUUUCCGACAAAACGAACAGGAGAGGUUUUUCGUGGUUUCAAGGAAGGUGUUAAUAAAAAUUUUUCAAGUCUGGCGCAUAGAAAAUUCAUACCCAGAGAAUUUGGAUUUCCAAGACAAUCUUUAAUAGUUUGUAACACAAUGGAAUCUUCGAGUCAUAAAUCUGUUCAAUAUGCCAUUGAAAUAAGUAAAUCACCUCACCUUUCUUCUAGAUAUCAAUUGCUUGAUUGCGAAGAAACAGAACUAUCUCAAGAUGAUCAACCGAUUCAACGAAGGCAUUCUUUUAGCACUUUUGAGACUAUCAGAGAUAUGCAACAGUAUCCUCCCUUCCUAAAGAGAUCACAUUCGCUGCAUUCUAUCGAUGAAUACAGAGUCGCUAUGAACAAAAAUUUAUUAUACGAAAAUAUUCAAACAAAUUUAUUAUACGAAAAUAUUCAAACAAAUUUAUUAUACGAAAUUUUGAAACGGAAAGUUUCUCUUUCAAAAUUAGUGCAGAAACUCGAGGACACGUCCAACGAGUAUGCAGAGCAAAUUGAACAGUUCUCCCAAGCAUAUCAAAAACGGUUUUCCGAAUAUAAGUCCACAGAAAAAAACGCAUUAGAGGUGUUUUCAAGACAACAGGCGAUCGGCAAAACGAUAGAACAGAUCGACUUCAAUAGUGCAAAGUUAAAUUAUGAAUUGGACGUGUUGAAGGAUAAACUUCAGGAAAUUGAAGAAUUUGUUGAUACGUUUUGUUUAAAGGUUCAAUUCCUAGAAUCGCAAAUGCCCCAACCGUCACGCUUUGCUCAAAUCUUGCCACGGUUUUAUAAUUAUUUACAAAUCCAAUGGAAUAAUAUUGUGGCAUCACGUUUCACUAAUUCUACUGAUAAUAGCUAA